UAUUUAAUUAUAUGCUAUCAAGCUUAUACCAAAUUUAUCAGCCUCUUCAAUCUCACACCCACUUCCGCCUUUUUCUCUUUUCUCUCGAUGAAAAGAAAAACAGAGUGAAACAGAGAGGGAAGGUAUUCCGGCGACCAUGUACAACGGCUUGAAAGGAUACUGGAAGAGGAGAGGCUACGUGAAGCUAAAUGGUUCGACUCGAUCACGGCGGAGCAGGUUGGAGCUCCGGAAAAAGAGGUUCUGGAGGAUCAGGAUCAAGGCAAAGCUGAGAAUAAAGUCACCCAAGAAGUGCUUCGUCUGGCUACGGGAUGCGUACGUGAGUAUGAUGCUGGGUUUAGCUAACUCCAGGAUGGUUAGUAGUGGGUACAGAGGAGGCGUAGCGGAUCAAGGGAUCGCCGCCUUUGGGAAGCGUCCGGUGAAAGAGUACGACGACAAAAUGAUCGUUGAGAUGUACAAAUCCUUGGUGAUGGGCCAAGGUCAGUUAGUGGCUCGGGAACCAGGGGAGCUUUGCUCCGCAAUCAUCGGUCGACGGUGAAAAAUCAAACUAAGUUAAUAAAAGGGGUUAUUUUCAAGCAUCUGAGAUUAUUUUUCUGCCACAAAACAGUGGUGAAAAUAUGUUAUAGUUCAUGAAAAUUAGAGAAAGAUCAAUUCCUAAAGGGAAAAAAUGAUAUUUU